AUGCAGAAUUCGCGUGGAAACGCUGUCUUCUUGAUCGAUACGAGCACAGCAACGGACCGGUGGCUUGAUGACCCUUCUCAAACAAAGAUGACGGAUCUUCAAAGCAAUUUGUGUCAAACUGAGCUGCCUCAUGGUGUUCACCAUCUCCUGCAUUGCGCGCAUUCUCGGCACCUGAGGUCCACAAGGCUUACACCACUCGACGCAGUCAAGAGCCUCGACCAGAGAAUGUUCGCAAGGACGAACAGCCCUGGCCACCCCAGCAGGAACGAACAAGCCAUGGCAUCGACAGGCCUCCCUUGGACUGUCCUGGCCUUGAUCCAAGCAGUUGGCGGGAGUGACGAGCACACUUAG